AUGGCUCUAGAACCCGACGAGGACCAAAACGUACGCCUCGUCACCGGCGUCGUGACGGCGUCCCUGGGGCUCUCCGUCGCCUCGUUCGCCGCCUGGCUGAGCCUGCGCUGCCGCGCGUGGAGUGCCGGCGGGGCCAGAUUUGGGUGGAACGAUGGGGUCGUGGUGUUGGCGACGGUGCUGGCCCUCGCGCUGAGUGCUUUGGGCUACCUGGGUCUCUCCCUGGGCCUUGGGGUGCACCGCCGUGCGCUCGCGGAGGACAUGGUGGUCGAGUUCCGGAAGCUGCUCUAUGUGUUCCACCUGCUCUGGGCCAUCAGUACGUUCGGGGUUAAGACCUCGCUGCUGUUGUUUGGCUACGGACUGACCCCGAGGACUGCUUUCCGCAGAGGUGCCGUGCUUGCGGUCGGAGCUUUUAUCUUUGGUGUGUUCUUGGCCAACCUCUUCGGCUUUAUUUUGCAGUGCACCCCUAUCAGCAAGUUCUGGCUCGGAUCGCCAGGAAUCUGCAUAGAUACCAACACCUUUUAUACCGUUUCCGCAAUGUUGAACGUUGGCGGGGAUGUGACGGUGUUGGUAUCAGUUAUUCAAGCCGUGGUUUCGCUCCGGGUAUCAAGGAAACAGAAGCUGUUCUACUCAGCCUUGAUAUUGCUACUGGGAGGAUUUGUCUGCGUUGCAGCUGGCCUUCGCAUACCGGCGCUCAGCCUUAGCAACACGCGCGACAUGACUUAUAACAGCAUUCCCGGUAUCCUCUGGAGCACGGCGGAAGUCCAGGGAUAUCUGGUCCUAUCUAAUCUCGCCUACUUACUUCCACUUCCCCCUACAAGCCCCUUUGUGACUUUACCACAGUACAGCACUCGCGAAAACCUGCUGUCAAAGCGUGCCUCGACCCUUUCUCUGCCCCCGACUCUCCCCAAAGUAAGGCGCUUCUCCGCCUUUGAUCCGCGCAGCUACGCGUCCUACGUCUUCCAAAGCAACGAUCAGCCACGAUCGUCCCUCCGAUCCCCGCUGUAUCCGCGUGCGUCCAGGCUGGUUGAGUCGCGGCGCUCGUCGAUGAGCAUGAGCACCGCGCCCCUCCAGCGCCACUUCUCGCUCAGCAGCCGGGCAAGCACGCGCAACUCGACCGGGCCGGCCAUCAACAUCCAGCGGGUGGUGGUGUGCAAGGUCGAGGAGGCGACGACGAGCUGGAAGGAAGGGCUGGGAGUCGCGCCCGGGGACCUUGGCGCGAGGAGGGGGAAGAGCUUCGAGACGCAUGUCACGAGUUGUACGGACGCCGACGAUGCUUGGGAUGAUGGUCGGUUUAAAGGGUUUUGA